AUGACAAAGUUACUGAUAAAAAACGUGCGUGUUUUUGACAGCAACAUUGUUCAAGCUGCUAGGAAUGUGGUGUUCACUAGGUCGGCCGGUAAUAUCUACGACAUGAUGGGAGAUGAUUCCGAUAUCGAAACUUCCGAUCAUGUUAUCGACGGCGCCGGCUGUACAUUAAUUCCGGGGCUCAUCGACGUCAACGUGAAUAUCAAGGGCACGAACGCAGCGCUAGGCACAUUCGCUAGUUAUGGCGUGACGACCGUCAUCGAUCUAAGCAGCAGUACUGAGCAGUGCCAGUCACUGCGAGUGUUUGCCGCUGGCAAGACAGGGCUGCCAACUCUUCUUACAUCCGGCACAGAAGCGGCACCUACAACCAUGAGCGAAGACCGUCUGCCGCUGUACAACGACCCGGCCAUUGUGGUGAUUCGCACGCGCGAAAAUGCAGAGGCUUUUGUCUCAGCGAAAUUGAGCGGCCCGGACAGCUCAGACUUUGUGAAAGUCGUCAUUGGCUUAGAAUUACAUACCGAUGAACUUCUCAAAACCAUCGUGGAUCUCGCUCAUCUGCACAAGAAGUUGACUGUGGCACGCACCAUGGGUAAGGCGUCUUAUGAACGUGCUAUGAGGGCUGGUUUCGACGUCUUCAUCCAUGCGCCUCUGGACGCACCAAUAGACGAAGCAAUGGCCCAAGAAAUGGCUGCGCAGGGCAAGAUUUUCAUCCCAACGCUUGCCAUGAUGAAGAACCAGGCGGCAUCAGAACGAGCAUCCGCUAGCACCACUGAGGACAACGUCGACCGUAACACAUCGUCCAACAUCGUUUCAGACGCGCAAGAUAUAGAGAUGGGAAAUGUAGUGCCAGGUGCCACAGUUGGAACCGACUAUGCGAACGCGACAGAAAGCGUGCGAACACUCCACAAAGCCGGCGUCACGAUUUGCGCGGGUACGACGGCGAAUCUGGAACCAGGGACUAAGAUGCCAUUUGGCGUGAGUCUGCACGAGGAACUACGCUUACUUGUUGACACUGGUAUGCCGAAUCUGGAUGUUCUGCGGUCAGCGACUUGUGUUGCCUCCAAAGCAUUUGACCUUGGCGAUCGAGGGGUUCUUCGAGGCGGUCUGAGAGCCGAUCUCGUGCUCGUCCACGGCAACCCGUUGGAGGACAUCAGCGUUACGCGGAAUAUCAAAGGAAUAUGGAUCCAGGGCGAAUACAUUAGCCCACACAUCGCCUCGGCCGAUCCGGCACAUACUCGUCAGUAG